CGUACGGUUCCUCUUCUCCAAUGGUCGCGUUCGACACCGUCUGGCCCGCAGAUUCUGUCGAGUUUUGCCCUCAUGAGGGUGCUUCAGAUAUCUUUGUCUGCGGGACCUAUCGGUUAGAACAGUCCCCCGCCGAUGCCGCGCACGCUGCAUUAGAUGGCGGCCAAUCAGAUUUCGAACCUACGACAGGAAAGCAAAGUCAAGUUCGCCGCGGCAAGUGUCUUGUGUUUCAAGUAACGGAGAACAGAGGAGUUUCCCAGAUUCAGGAAAUCAGCCUUGCAGCUGUCCUCGAUCAGAAAUGGUGUCAUACGUCUUCAACGGCUUCCCCUGUACUCGGAAUUGCAGACUCGGAAGGGAACAUUACGCUUCAUGAGUGGCACAAAGAAGAGCGUCGACUCAAGACUUUUCAAAGUGUAUCCUGCGCAACAUCAGAUGUUCUGUGCCUUUCUUUAGACUGGUCGACACGAAGAUACCCCACGAAUAUUCUUGGUUCUCUGGUAGUUUCCCUGUCAAACGGCUCACUAUGUCUUCUGAGUCCUGAUUCGACUGGCAAAGUAUCUGUCGUUAACAGGUGGCACGCGCACGAUUACGAACCUUGGACUGCUGCUUGGAACUAUUGGGAUACCUCCAUCAUUUAUUCGGGUGGAGAUGAUUUAACCAUGAAGGGCUGGGAUGUUCGACAGAAUUUUAGUCACCCGAUAUUUACAAACAAGCGAUUUAAUGCAGGUGUCACGGCUAUCCAGAGCCAUCCACACAUGGAAUAUCUCAUAGCCGUUGGAAGCUACGAUAAUAACGUGUGUGUUUUUGACACUCGGAAGCCGCUAGUACCGCUCGUCCAAGGAGACGUCGGAGGGGGUGCGUGGCGUGUCAAGUGGCAUCCGUCGCCCAGUCGCAAGGAGGAUAUCCUUGUUGCGGGCAUGCACGACGGCUUCAAGGUGGCCAAGGCACACCAUGGAGAAGAUAUGACAUGGGAAAUUGUGAAACGGUUUGACGACCACAAGUCGUUAGCAUACGGCGUGGACUGGUCGUUCGCCCCUCCAGAUGUAGAUGGGGAGACGCAGAUCGCGAGUUGCUCAUUCUACGACCACAUUUUACACCUCUGGAGCGGGUAGGUAGCGGAAUGUAAGCGAAAUACAGGCGAUGUGUGAGGAUAUCUGCCAGGGGAUCCUUUAUGGUAUGCGCAGUGGGAUAUUUGAACGGGGUUGUG